AUGGAAACAACUCUACCACACCCGCAGCACGAGGCAACGAGGUUUUCUCGUUAUUUAUUAAAUGUUUUUUUAAAUAUAAAAGUGCUACUACUAUAUGACAUCAUUAUACGUUUUUACUUUUUGUGCAAGUUGUGUGUUCGGUGAAAACUUUUAGACAAUGCCCUGUUAAAGUAACAAAGGCAUUAUGUUUGGAAUUGUAAGUAGGGCAGUGCAAGUGGUGACCCUCGUUGUAUUUUCUACUCAUUUGGUGACUGGUGGUAUCGCCUGCCUUGGAAAUCCGUGCUUGCAUGGCAUUUGCAUCGAUGAUGUUAACAGUACAUAUUCAUGCUACUGUGUGGAUGGAUACACGGGCGUCCAGUGCCAGACUAACUGGGACGAGUGCUGGUCAGCGCCGUGCCAGAACGGUGGGACAUGCCUCGACGGCAUAGCCUCUUACAACUGUUCGUGCCCAGACGGCUUCAUCGGCGACAAUUGCGAGACCAACUUCAACGAAUGCGAAUCCAACCCUUGCCUUAACAACGGCACCUGCAUCGACCUGGACGGCGGGUACCUGUGCGCGUGCGGCCCGGGCUUCGCCGGCGAGCACUGCGAGCUGGAUGUGGCCGUGUGCAACUCCAGCGACGAGGCGCGCUGCUACAACGGCGGCCAUUGCAGAGAGGGGCCCGGGUUUAAGUUCUACUGUACCUGCACUGCCGGUUGGGCGGGACCGAGAUGCGAGUUUCAGAUCGACGAGUGCGAAUCUAACCCGUGCCAGAACGGCGGCAUAUGCAUCGACGUUCACGCAGACUACAUGUGCGCCUGCGCUUACGGAUUCACCGGUAAAAGUUGCGAAACUCAAAUAGAAUUCUGCGAUGACAAUUCGUGCAGCAACAACGCGCUAUGCGUUGUCGAGGACGGCUUCAGGGUCUGCUACUGCGUUCCGGAUUACCACGGGGAACGAUGUGAACUGCAGUAUGACGAAUGCGAACUCGGGCCCAGAUGUAUGAACGGAGGCACCUGUAUUGAUGGCAUUGACAAUUUCACUUGUUCCUGCCCACCCCGUCUCACUGGGUCCUUCUGCGAAUGUCUAAUCCUUGACAAUGAUACCUUAGACUGCGAAUAUGUCAGCCCAACUCCAAUACCCCAAUCCACGUAUAUCACAACUACUGAUGUCCAAACCGAUACUACUACUGAUUCUGAUGCAUCUACAAUAUGGGAUUAUAGUACUACGACAACUGUGUUACCUGAUAUAACCACUACUAUUGAAAGCGUAGAUACUGGAACUGAAGAAGUUACAACCCAAGACACAACAGAAACUACUCUUGAUAUUGAUGACACAUACACCCCAACUGAAACAGACGUUUAUGUUACAUCAGCCACAGAGAUCAAACAAACCAUAGAAUAUGAGGACUCCAAAACAGAGGGUACUACUGCUGAAACAACGGAUAAGGAACCAACUGAAUUUAUUACAACAGUUACAAGUACUGAAAGAACUACAAAAGUAAUAACAGAUCUUGCUACUACUACUGAAACCAUGACGACGGAAUCCAGAGUAACAGAAGUUGUAGAAGUGACAACUGUGCCAGAAAUGGAUACGACCACUGUAAAGAUAUUCACUGACACUCCAACUGAACACCCCGUGACAGAGUUGGCUACGUCUUCAGCUACUACCGAACCGAUGGAAAUUACUACAUUCUUUGACAAUAGCACGUUUGCAUAUACGACUGUACAAUCAGAGUGCAGCGAAUCUAUCUGCAUCAAUCAAGGAAUUUGUGUAAACACUCCUCAAGGAAUUCGGUGUCACUGUCCCUUCAACUACGGCGGAAGGUUUUGCGAAGAAAAGAUCUCAAUAACUUCAGCAGCCUUCAGUGGAAAUUCCUUCGUUGCUCAUAAGCUACGAAAUACUACAUCUAUAAGCAUAGAGUUCAACUCCAAGACUCUGAUAACAGAUGGGCAACUCAUGCAUGUAGAUAUGGCGAAGGGGGUAUACGUUCAGCUGUAUAUGAACUCUGGGCUUCUGAAGUUUAAGUUCUCCUGCGGUUAUCAGACUAUGCUUCUCAGUGAGCUGAAAACGUACGUCAAUAAGGGAUACCCUAUGAAGAUUGAAGCCAGGCUGGACCUGUUUCCCGCAGCACAACACUGUAACGCCACGCUCCGCCUCAACGACACGGUGGCAAUGAGCGGCGGGCAGGUCGCCCGCGUGGUGGGACUCGACAACAACACAAUGCUGUACUUUGGCAACAUGCCCCACGGCAACGACACCAUGCCUUUUAUAGGAUGCAUCUGGGAUUUGAUGGUCAACGGUGAGAAGCGCGAAGUAUUCGGCGAAGCAAUGGAAGCGAGCGAUGUGACCGAGUGUUCUUCCUUGGCGUGUUUGUCCGGGCCGUGUCUGAACGGAGGCUCCUGCAGCGACCAGGGCGAGGGCUACACUUGCUCCUGUGCCAAUGGGUGGCUGGGCCCGCACUGCGAGAUGUCGGUGUGCGCGCACAACCCGUGCCGCUCGGGCGGGAGCUGCGUGCCGCACCCCGGCAGCGGCUUCCUCUGCCUCUGCCCCUACGGGAAGCACGGCAUCUUCUGCGAAUACAAUGUUGAAAUAACCCGUCCGUCGCUGGCUCCAAUCAGCAGCGAGAUAUCAUCUUACCUCAUCUACCCGCUGGCGCAGGCGAGCUCGGAGCGUUUCGACCUGCGCCUGCGGUUCCAAACGACGGACAUGGAACAGAUAGCGGUGCUCGCGUUUGUGGGACAGGGGGGAAGGCAUGACGCGCAUAGUCACCACUUGGCGCUGACGUUUGUGAAGGGAUAUGUUAUGUUGACUUGGAAUAUGGGAGGUGGGCCACGGCGUGUAUUCACGGCGCGCGCUCUGAGCCCGCGGCGCGGCGGACACGUGGUCCGCGUGUGGCGCCGCGGGCGCGCCGCCGGCCUCAGCGUGGACGGCCGCCACAACGCCACGGGCAACGCGCCCGCGCAUGACGCGAAGAUGACUGUGCAGCCGUACGUGUACAUCGGUGGCCACCCCUCCCCGGGCUUCCGCAACCUCCCCCACGACUUACCACUGCACGGCGGCUGGCGCGGCUGCAUCUGGGAGGUCUCUGGCCAGGCCGUGGGCGUGGGCAAGGCGCUGGGCGGCCGCGGCGUGGGGCAGUGCGGCGUGGCGCAGUGCACCGCCAAGUCGUGCAACGCGCCACGGGGCGUGUGCAUCCACUCGCCGGCUACAUACGGGUGCAUCUGCAAUGAAGGCUGGUUCGGUGCCACAUGUGCGUCGUCUCGCAGCCCCUGCGACCGCGCUGUCAGCCAGUGCCAAGGAAAGUGCGUGUUCACGGCAGACCGGGCCGAGUGCGACUGUCCGUAUGGGAAGACCGGCACGUACUGUGAUAAAGAUCUCAUCCCAACGGACGUGUACUUCACCGGUACCAGGUCGUACGUGAAGCUGAAGCCUCAAGCCGUUUCCAGCGUGAGCUUGGCUCUCGAAGCAGAGAUCAAGCCGAACCAGGAACGGGGCCUCAUUGCGUUCGUGGAGACACCUCACUUCUACACCGCGCUCUCAUUGCAGGGAGGACUACUGGAAUAUCGAUGGACAGAUCGACUAUCCGGCGUAACGUCACUGGUCCGCAGUGGGACGGUGGUGGCGCUGAACGCGUGGCACUCGGUGAAGGCGGGCCGCUACGGCAGCCGCCUGUACGUGUGGGCCGACGGCGCGCUCGCCACCGAGCCGCUGCUGGCGCACGCCUACCCCCACACCGCGCACCAGGCCAGCGUGCUGCUCGGGGGCGCAGAAGACCUUGCGACGCUGCCUUUCGACGUGAUGUCCGGCCCCCCUGAACCCUUCACCGGCUGCAUUAGAAAUCUCCAUGUCAACAACGUUCUCCUGCCGCUCGAAAGUCAAAAUAUUCUAGGUAGAUAA